AUGGCGGCCCUAGCCUUCAAGGCCAUCAGCUACGGCGCAGAGCAGAUUCCCGACAGCUUCUUCCACAAGUUACCCGGCGGCUACUUUGCACCCCCAGACUCGAAAGAGGGCAAGAAGAAAGGCAAGCACCUGAACCGCAACGAACGAGACGCAAGACAACGGCACCGGAGCGAAGACCGGUCCAGUAAGCGCAGCUCCCGGCAGGAGCGCAGCCCGCCGACCGAGUACUCUGACUACACCGACGACACCGACUACGAGCGCGAACGCGAGCGCCGAAAGAGGGAGCGACGACGCGCAAAGAGCACGGGAACCACUGCUAGUAGGAGUCUGAGUCGCGGACGUCACGGGAGACACAGCAGCGACCUGGACGGGCAGCACAGCGAUUCACGAGACAUGGCCUCACCUCAGCAGGGACAGCCUUACUUCCCUCCUCCGCCCACUUCCGAAUACAAGCCCUAUAAUCCGCAGGAAUAUGCACCGAGCCCCGUGCAGGACCGCCGCCCUUCUGUCACUCCAGCCUACGGAUACUCUCCUCAGCCACCACCUACAGAGCCGCGCAAUGUCUCGUUAGAUUAUGGCCAGUACGAUGCGCCCCGAAGCUCUAGAUACGCUCCCGGCCCCGGCUACGCUCCUUCGCCUGCCGUAGAUGCGCCUAUCCCUCCUCCGCCAGUGGGAUCAAACUCCCCUAUGAACCCUUACCACCACACCGAGUUCCCUGCGAGCGGCGCUGGCUACCAGCCAUCUCCCCCGCCCUUCAACCGUCAGCGCUCCAACUCUCAGCCUACUUUCGCGCCUGUGCCCAGCGCAGUCUACCCGACCUACGUGCCCCCAUCUGCUGAACAGUCGAUGGCCGCAUACACCGACACUCGCUCCUCCCGCCGUGAGAGUACCAAGCCUCGUCGCGAACAUCGCCACAGGGCUAGGUCCGAGCAGCUGCGGGUGCGUUGGGUGCCAGGCAGAUGGCGACACGCUCGAGAAGCGGAAGCGACCGCCACUCCAAGUCCCGCUCUCGCUCCCGAUCACGGACGCGUGCGCAUGACCGCGAACGCAGCAAAGGCCCCAGCCUCCGUGCUAGAAGCCGCAGCGUGA